AUGAAAUGUGCAAAUGAGUUGCAUCAAUUGUUUAAAAAAAGAAAUUCUCAUAGUUCCAGUCAUUGCAUUAAAUGUAAAUUGCCGUGCAAACUAAUUCGACUGAAUAACAAUAUUGAUCAAGAUAUGAAAUUCUUCUCCAAUUUAGAACCAUAUAUUAAUUGUGGCAUGAAGUACAUGCUCUUUCAGAAUCGACAGUAUGAAUCAAUAGCAGAUUCUACAUAUCAACUGAAACAAAAAUGUUUUGCAAUAAGCAAAGAACUUCAAUUAAUUAAAAAAUCAAUUUACAAUAAAAAGACUAAGGUCAAGGAAGGUUAUGCAAGAAUUAAUAAAAUGCGGUCUUAUAUAAUGGCUUUAAAAGAGAAAAAUAAACAGACUACCCCAUUAUUAUCAAAAAAUGAUUUGCAUCAAGCACAUUUAUCAAAGAAUAACUUUACUUCUACAAAUUCUGCAAAAUCGAAUACAGAUCUGGUAUCAACUUUUAAUUCUGACCAAAAUCGAAGACUUACUUGGGCUUAUGUUGCACCUGUGAAUGGCGCUCUUCAUGUUUAUCAAAAAUAAUUUGAACAAAAAUACGUUAUGAUGAUUCCAGAUCGGCCAAGUUAAAUAUUAUGUCCAAAUAUUAGCACCUGAUAGUCGUGAUCAAAUAUAGUGUACACAGUUUGCUCUUUUGAUUUAUAAUUAUUUUAAUUAUUCUGCAUAUAUAAUAUCCGUUGAGACAAAAAAUAUUAAUUUUCUCAAAGUACUGAAAACUGGUUUCAAACCAUAUAGCACAACUAUGUCGUAGUGACUUAUGGUCACUGACAAGAUGAAAAGUUUACGUCUGGUGAAACCGCACAAAUUGUAUUGUCACCAAGCUCUGCCUAUAACAAACCUUAUGUCAGAGGACUGAUGUGACAUAAGCCAACUGAUUUGCGAAGCUAAAGACAGAGAAUAGUUUGACUAUGGGUCAAAAUGGCAGUGUUUGGCGUGUUUGGGUUAUACUGGGUCGUGCUUUGGUUCGCGACGGACAUAGAGUGGUUGCAUGCCUUCCUGGUGUACUAUCAAUUAUGGCAGGCCGAACUCAUCCAUUAAAUGUGAAUGGUAUGAAUUUAAAAUGCAAUUCCAGUGAGUGAAAAUUCAUUUUUACUAAUUAUAAUUUGAGCACAAAUAUAAACUGUUUAAAUAAACCUUAAGAAGUAACAA